AUGGUGGAGAUGCAAAGCCAAUGCAAAGUGAGGAAAUCAAGUGCCAAGAUCAGAUGUAGAAAGUCAUUUACAGCUCCAGCAAACUCAGAAAUUGUGACCCAUGGUAAAUUACCUGCUACUAUUGGUUAUGGUGUACAGGGCAUAUGCACACCAACAAAAACUAUUUUAGGAAAGGACCUCCUAGUCGCAAAGACAGUUGUUUGUUGUCCUUUGAACCACAAGGUACCAGUGAAGUUGAUUAAUGUCACAGAUAGUGCUAUUUCCGUUGACAAAGGUCAGAUUCUAGCACUAUUUACAGCUUUUGACAGUACUAUUGAGAUCAAAUCUACUGAAGAGGAGAGCCCUUCUUGUGCACAUGCUACUUUAUGCAGCCCACCAGAGCAGACAAAUACGGACAUCAAUGAACAAAUACAGCCAAAGGGGAGUUCCUUAUCUGAGCUUGAUAACUUUAUCUCAAAUUUUGAGCUGCCCAAGGAUCUUGCUGAUGGACAGACAAAACAGCUUGCAGAAUGCCUAUACGAUUGCCAGGACAUCUUUGUGACACCUAGGAAUUCUUCUUUGGGAUUGACUCACUUAGUUGAACAUAAAAUUCACUUAAAACCUGAUUAUGUUCCAAAGCAUCAGCGGCCUUACCGCUUACCUCCAGACAAGAGAGAAGUGCUGAGACAUCAGCUAGAUGAACUAGUUCAGCAAGGUAUUAUAAGAUUUGUGGAUGAAACACAAGAUCUUCCUUUUACCAGUCCUAUAGUGUUAGUAACUAAGAGGAACAAAUCUAAGAAAGGACUUGUUCCGGGCACAAAGGAAGCGAGUUUAGCUCUACAGAUUUUGUUGUGA